AUGUUGUCUGAAUUAAGACUGAGCCCAGAGGGAUUGUUCGAAAAGAGGGACACCGAAAAUGGUACUGGGCUGGCUGGAAAGUUGGCCCUUUUGGUAGCAAACACGUUCGCCUUUAUCCCUCGGAUCGAAGAGGCUGUCUCCAAAUUACCAACGCUGAAGCGCCUUGAUGUCGCGCUCGAAGAAAAUUGGCGUAGCGCACCGUUAGAAGUUGACCAAAGAGACGGUGAAGACUACGGCCUCAAGCUUGAUCUCGACUUCCUGCAGCUUGUUCGUAGCAACAUCGCGAGCAUAUUCUCUUCCCCGCGCGUGCAUCUUCCCUUGCUUACUCACCUUCAACUUACGCUUCCCUCGGCAUACGAUAUCGCAAUCAUCGGGGCUUGUAUCCAGAAUGACAUGGCCAUGCAACUGCGGCAUUUGUUCUUGGAAUACAUCGACGGUACGGGUCCCGGUGGUGAUCGAGCGUACGAGUUUGACACGAGGUAUAAUGACGAUGAACAUAGCGGCCCGCACUACUCCAACUUCCAAAAGCACUUCCCAAAUACGGAUAAUAUGGACGGCAUACGCUCUUUCGUGUCACGUUGUCGCAAUCUCGAAUCUCUUGGCCUAAGAAGCACUCAGUGCUGCAACCUUAAAUCGCUCAUCUGGCGACCGAUCAAAGAUGGGCUCAAGAGCUUGUACAUCAACCGUGCAAUAACGACUUCUUCAGCCCUACUCUCUUUCCUGUCUCUAUCCACCGGUAUCUCGGAGUCUGAAUCGACCUCUAAGAUUGUUUCGGUGGAGCUUGUAGACGUGGGACUCCAAGACACUGCAUGGAGCUCGAUCUUUGAUUACUUGGGAUCUAGUGCGCUGCUCUCUUACGUUGACGUGAAAGAUGUCGUGAUGGAGAGGAGUGACCGACGAAGCGUGUUCAACGUGAUCAACAGAAUGAAUGCUCAGAAAGGUCACGUGGGCGAGGAGCUGCCGCUGAUGAAGCCGGAAGAGUAUUGA